UUCAGUCUUUGAACCGGAAGCAACAUCAGAGCGUGACGUCAUACACCCAAUAUGGCGGUCAAUCUCACGGAUUUGUCUCUGCCUCAGCUAGAGGGUCUUAAAAGUCAAUUAGAUCAGGAGAUUGAGUUCCUGACAUCCUCAAUAGGGCAGCUCAAAGUCGUCCAGACCAAAUACGUCGAAGCAAAAGAUAGUUUGAAUGCGCUCAACCAAAACAAUCAAGGUAAACAACUACUGGUUCCGCUUACAAGUUCUAUGUAUGUGCCCGGCACGUUGAAUGAUGUGGAGCAUGUCUUAGUGGAUGUGGGCACAGGAUAUUAUGUUGAAAAGAAUGUAUCAGAUUCCAAGGCUUUCUUCAAGCGGAAAAUAGAUUUUCUGACAAAGCAGAUAGAGAAAAUUCAGCCCGCCCUUCAGGAGAAACAUGCCAUGAAGCAAGCUGUGCUAGAAGUGAUGAACGUAAAGAUCCAGCAACUCCAACAAAGCGGGCAGGCAUCAAGCGCCAAGGCUUAACCCAUCAUGACAUCAUGACACAAAUUAAAGCAAAGAAACUAAACAACC